GCCUAUAACCUGGGUUGUGGUAAACAUCUUAGAUGUUCUUCAGUGAGAGGGUUAUAAUGUACAGCUUUCUACGGUAUAGGAUGACGAUGGUUUUAUCUGGUGCAAUUUGAUAACGGCCGUCAAAUGGGAUUUUCGUAGGAAUUAAGGGCCCUGAUAUUGCUUAAAAUCGUCAGGUUGGUGAUAACAAGGGAACCAUGUCAACACCACUGUCUGCCAUUUUCUUUCUGCUUGACUCAAAACACCAACAUCCUCCACCACCUGCCAAGUAGUGAUGGUGAGAUCCUGCAGCAUAUCUAGCUAGCUGACGGCAUGAGAGUCAACGAAACUAGCGGCCUCGAGCUCAGAAUCACAUGCUGGCAGAGCACAAGUGUUUGCGAGAUAAACAGAGGCAGUGCUGCUUACAGCAACACUGAUAAGCCAAUGCAGAAACCAUAUGCCCAUAUUUUCUCAAUUUUAUUGGGCCUGGCUUGCAGCCUGAAUCUUAUUUUUUUACUGGAUGAAAUGUGUAUAUUAUAGUGUAAGUGGUGUCAGAAAUGCAGUGAUUGGACUUUUAAACCUACACUUGUGAAUUCAGCCAGCUCAACAACCACAAAACACAAUGGCUUCCGGUGACCACAAAGAGACAGGGAAUGAACUGUCAGAACACCUUCAAAUGGAUCAUGAGUUGAGUCAAAAUCAGGACCCUGCUGGGACUAACUUCAAGUCCAAAAGUUUGCCCUCUCUGAAUGACUCAGGCCAGCAAAGCAAGGCCUUGUUGACUAAGUCUAUGCAGCAACAGGUGUCAAUAACGGAGGACAAGAGUACUGAAUUCAUCCAACUCUCACAGAGGAUCAACCUGAACCAACCUUUACCUGAAUCCCCCACCAGGACUAAUGUUAACUAUUCCCCUUCCAGGUCUAGUGUGGUGGGGAUGAGUCGUUCAAUUAACACAGAGACGCAGGUCAGCAAACCCAGGUGUAAAAAUCCUACGAGGCAAGGCUUCAUUGCCUCGAGACUACCCCUGAUGCGUUUACCCACUAGGAAAUACAUGAGUGUGAUUCUCGAAGACUCACGCUGUUUUUUAUGCUGCAUGUGCUACCUGACAUUUUUCCAGUCACUGAUGGUGUCUGGCUACCUUAGCAGUGUAAUCACCACCAUAGAGAAGAGGUACAGCCUCCGGAGCUCUGAGUCUGGUCUGCUCGUCAGCUGCUUUGACAUAGGUAGUCUGCUGGUGGUGGUUUUCAUCAGUUACUUCGGAGGCCGAGGGCAGAGGCCCAGAUGGUUGGCCGUGGGUGCAGUGUUUAUAGCCGUCGGAGCAGCACUCUUCUCCUUGCCUCACUUCAUCUCCCCUCCGUACCAAAUCCUGGAGGUGAACUCAUCACGGGGCAAUGAAGGCCUGUGUAUGAACAACAACGGCAGUGGCAAGGACUUCCUGGAUUUGUCCUCCUGCCCCAGAGACCAAGAGGGUAAUGAACACAACCUGUACGUGGCCCUAUUCAUCAUAGCACAGAUCCUGGUGGGUAUGGGGUCAACGCCCAUCUACACCCUGGGACCCACCUACCUGGACGACAACGUCAAGAAAGAGAACGCCUCACUUUAUCUUGCUGUCAUGUAUGUGAUGGGAGCCCUGGGUCCGGCUGCUGGGUACCUGCUAGGAGGAGUUCUCAUCGGCUUCUACGUCGACCCCAAGACUGUGGUCAACAUAGAUCAGAGCGACCCUCGCUUUAUUGGCAACUGGUGGAGCGGAUUCCUGCUCUGUUCUGUCGCCAUGCUGCUGGUCAUCUUCCCCAUGUUCACCUUCCCCAAGAAGCUGCCUCCCAGAAACAACAAGAAGAAGAGGAAAAAGAUCAGCCUGGACAACGUGUCCAGUGAUGAUGAGAUCACCAAGGAGAAGACCAACAGCAAGAGCCAGACAGUUACAUCGUCCAUGGGCUUUGGGAAAGACAUCAAAGAGCUGCCUAAGGCUGCAGUGAGGAUCCUGAGUAAUGUCACCUUCCUGUUUGUGAGCCUGUCCUACACUGCAGAGAGCGCCAUCGUCACCGCCUUCAUCACCUUCAUACCCAAGUUCAUAGAGUCUCAGUUCGGCAUCCCAGCGUCCAGCGCUAGUAUCUACACAGGUGUGAUCAUCGUACCCAGUGCUGGGGUGGGGAUAGUACUGGGGGGCUACAUCAUUAAGAAGCUGAAGCUGGGAGCCAGAGAGUCAGCCAAGCUGGCCAUGAUCUGUAGUGGGGUCUCUCUGCUCUGCUUCUCUACUCUGUUCAUAGUGGGCUGUGAGAGCAUCAACCUGGGAGGCAUCAACAUUCCAUACACCACCGGUCCUACUCUGACUAUGACCCAUCGUAACCUGACUGGAGGGUGUAACGUGAACUGUGGCUGUAAGAUCCAUGAGUACGCUCCGGUCUGUGGCUCUGAUGGCAUCACAUACUUUAACCCCUGCCUGGCAGGCUGUAGCAGUGUGGGCAACGACAGCAAAGGAAUCCGGAACUACUCGGACUGUGCGUGUGUCCAGAGCAGACAGGUCAUCACCCCCUCCUCCAACGGCCAGGGCAACCAGCUGCAGCUGGUCAUCGUCAAGACCUACCUGAAUGAGAACGGCUACGCAGUGUCUGGGAAGUGUGACCGCACCUGCAGCACACUCAUCCCCUUCCUCAUCUUCCUAUUCAUCGUCACACUCAUCACCGCCUGCGCUCAGCCCUCCGCCAUUAUCGUCACUCUCAGGUCAGUAGAAGAGCAGGAGAGACCCUUUGCACUUGGGAUGCAGUUUGUUCUCCUCAGGACCCUUGCCUAUAUCCCUACUCCCAUCUACUUUGGGGCCGUGAUCGACACAACCUGUAUGCUGUGGCAGCAGGACUGUGGCAUCCACGGCUCCUGCUGGGAGUACGAUGUCACGUCCUUCCGCUUCGUCUACUUCGGCCUGGCUGCCAGCCUCAAGUUCAUUGGCUUCAUCUUCAUCUUCCUCACCUGGUACUCCAUCAAGUACAAGGAAGAGCGUCUGGAGCGCUGGCUGAAACACCUCUCGCCCAUGGACACGGUCAGCGACCUCAUCUGCCACGCCGGGGGUCACAAGGGGCACGCCCGCACCCGCUCCUGUCCCGUAAAUAUACCACGCAACGAACCUCCCAUCAUCCCCAUCCUCAACAGGGGCCUCAGCAGCCAGAGCUGCCCGGGAAACAGCCUGAAGAGCUUGAAAGCAAUAACCCCGCCGGCCCCUCGCCCUCCCACUCGCUCUCUGGAACAGGUGUCUGCCCGUAUCUGAGGGCUGGGUGUUGUUUCCAGCCCUCCCUGCUAGCAUCAGUCUUCAAUGUGUACCUUUCUCAUUCUGGUUCUCACUUGUAUAGUAUUAUAGUGUGCACACACACACACAGGCACUGGACGUCACUCAAACAGUCAGCGGUUGGUCAACACGUAUACAGGAAGACACUGGGAUGGAUACCUCGACUUAGCUAAUCUCCUCUUCCCUCUGCCUAGUAUGUUUGUGCUUUUUUGUUUUCAUCAUGGAAGUGAAUGAGUAUUAUCCCUGCAUAUCAUUUCUUUAGAAAAUUGCAAGUAUGAUUGUAAUGAUGGUAUUAUGGGAUGGUGCUAUGUGAAAAUGACAUGAAUAAUAUCCUUCAUUGCUCAGUUUUAUUGUUAAUUCUAAGACCUCAGCAGAAUGAGGUGAUUGAGCUAAGAAGCUUGGCCGGCUAGCACAACUAAAUCCUGUACUAUGCAAGGUCUUUUUGCCCUAUUAUACAAUGGCAAGCAGUAUUAAAGGCACACAGUGUUGCCUUCCCUUCCCAUACAAUGUGCAAAUGUCAUUCAGUAAUGCCCCAGACCUGCUUGUAAUGAUGACUGGUUGACUUGGAAAGGAUAUUUUUGGAACAUUUGGAAUUGGAACCUCUUCUUCUGUAUUCUGUGGCAAACUCAUAGACAGGCCCACAAAUACUUCCCUUGCCGUAGUUGUAGUUCAGACAGUUGGCUUGCAUCCCAAAUGGUUCCCUAAUACCUAUAUAGUGCAAUACAUUUGACAAGUACUCAUAUGUCUCUGGUCAAAAGUAGUGCACUACAUGGGGAAUAGGGUGCCAUUUGGGACACCAGCUUAGUACACUCAUUAUGACUCCCCAAUUUUGCUUCAUGUACCAUGGGCUUUACAGAACAAAGGUGUAUUUUGCUUACCAGUCUAAGAACUUGUUUUAGACAAAGCUCCGGACCUGAUCCUAGAUCACCACUCCUACUUUAAGACUUGAUACAGAAGGCCCAUGAGCUGGAGGGCAACAAGAUUGUUGAAACAUUCAGGUAGCUUGUGGGUGGAACAUGCAAUAUAUUCAAGUACAUAUUGCUGUUAGUUUUGCAGGGUGUUUGAGGAUACCUGCUGGUCAGAUGUGGUAAGCAAUAUUGUAGAAAGACAAAUUAAACUUUAGUGUUUUCCAAAGUAAAAUAACUAGGCAAUUAUUUGGUGGAAUAAUCUUAAUUUUCAGUUCAAUCUAACACUUUAAUGUUGGAAGUUAAAUUAUGCUUUUCUAUGUACCUAUGUUGAGUUUGGGCAGUUGGGAGAGCACUUACAUGAUACAAUGUGGCAGUUGGGUUAGAGUUAAUAGCAUUAAAAGCUCUGGUUUGUGUUGCCUUUGGGAUAUUGUACUGAACUAAAAUAUAAACGCAACAAAUGAAAAUCAGAUUUAGUCACAUACUUACUUACUUACUUACUUAACCAACAAUGCAGUUCAAGAAAUGGAGUUAAGAAAAUAUUGACUAAAUAAACUAA